AUGGUCGCUAGUCGACGACCAAAGGGAGAUAAGGCUGCAAAGGCGCCGGGCGGUGGCAAGAAUAAUAUUAAGAAGGCGACAUUUGACUCUACCAAGAAGAAAGAAGUGGGGGUUUCUGACCUAACGUUGAUCAGCAAGGUCACAAAUGAAGCUAUCAAUGAUAAUUUAAAACAACGCUUCGAGAAUGGCGAGAUCUAUACAUAUAUCGGACAUGUGCUCGUCUCUGUUAAUCCCUUUCGCGACUUGGGAAUUUACACCGAGAAAACCUUGGACAGCUACAAGGGUAAAAAUCGGCUUGAGAUGCCGCCUCAUGUUUUUGCUGUAGCAGAGUCUUCAUACUAUAACAUGAAAGCAUACAAAGAAGACCAAUGUGUAAUCAUUUCGGGGGAGUCAGGGGCGGGAAAGACAGAGGCGGCCAAACGUUUGAUGCAAUAUAUUGCAAGUGUAUCUGGAGGAAGCAAUACUUCGAUACAAAAGACGAAAGAUAUGGUUCUAGCAACCAACCCUUUACUAGAAUCAUUUGGAAAUGCUAAAACUCUUCGAAAUAAUAACUCCUCAAGAUUUGGCAAGUAUUUGCAACUUCAUUUUAACUCCCAAGGCGAGCCUAUUGGUGCAGACAUUAAAAAUUACCUCCUCGAAAAAUCAAGAGUAGUCGGACAAAUUUUUAAUGAACGGAAUUUUCAUAUCUUCUACCAGUUUACAAAGGGGGCUUCAAGCACAUAUCGUCAAAAUUUUGGAAUCCGUACGCCUGAUGCUUACUCCUAUACAUGUGAAUCAAAGUGCUUAGAAGUCGAUGGUAUAGAUGACGUAAAGGACUACGCCGAUACGCUCAAUGCAAUGAAUGUCAUUGGACUAUCCGAGGCAGAGCAAAAUGAAAUAUUCCGAAUGCUGUCGGCUAUUUUAUGGACAGGAAACAUCUCAUUUAUAGAGAAUCAAGAAGGGUAUGCAGCGGCAGCUGAUCAAGGGACCGUAGAUUUUUUAGCAUACCUACUUGAAGUUCAGCCUGCACAGCUUUUAUCGGCUAUAACUAUCCGAAUACUCACUCCACGGAAUGGUGAAGUAAUCGAAUCACCUGCUAAUAUCGCACAGGCAACAGCUACUAGGGACGCCUUAGCAAAAUCUAUCUAUGGUAACCUUUUCAACUGGAUUGUGGAGCGUGUGAAUGUAUCAUUAAAAGCUCGCGACGUAACUGUGAACUCUCUCGGCAUCCUUGAUAUUUAUGGCUUUGAAAUAUUUGAAAAGAAUAGAUUUGAACAACUUUGUAUAAAUUACGUCAACGAGAAGUUGCAACAAAUAUUUAUCCAGCUUACAUUAAAAACAGAGCAAGAAGAAUAUGCUCGGGAGCAGAUAAAAUGGACCCCUAUUAAGUAUUUUGACAACAAAAUUGUCUGCGAUUUAAUUGAGUCAACAAGACCGCCCGGAGUCUUUUCUGCAAUGAACGAUGCGACCAAAACUGCUCAUGCUGAUCCAGCUGCCUGCGAUAGGACCUUUAUGACUUCUAUCAACGGUAUGUCCAACGCUUAUUUAACUCCUCGGCAAGGAUGUUUCAUUAUUAAACACUAUGCGGGUGAUGUUAACUACACUGUGGAUGGAAUCACCGAUAAAAAUAAAGAUCAGCUUCUUAAGGGUCUACUCGAUCUUUUUAGUAAAAGCAAAAAUAAAUUCAUCCACUCAUUAUUUCCCAAUCAAGUAAACCAAGAUAAUCGUAAAUUGCCCCCUUCGGCAGGCGACAAAAUUAAAGCUUCGGCAAAUGAUCUCGUUGCGACCUUGAUGAAGUCCCAACCCUCCUAUAUCCGGACAAUAAAACCAAAUGAGAAUAAAUCGCCAACGGAAUACAACGUUCCAAAUGUCAUGCAUCAAAUCAAAUAUCUUGGUCUACAAGAGAAUGUUCGUAUUCGGAGGGCUGGCUUUGCAUACCGCCAAACGUUUGAUAAGUUCGUGGAACGAUUCUACCUUCUCUCUCCACAAACAUCAUAUGCCGGUGAUUACACCUGGACAGGAGACUCUAAGUCUGGCGCUCAAGAAAUUUUGAAAUCUACUAGUAUUCCUUUAGAAGAAUACCAGAUGGGCGUGACAAAAGCUUUCAUCAAAGCACCUGAAACUCUAUUUUCUCUAGAGCACAUGCGUGAUAGAUACUGGCACAACAUGGCUAUACGUAUCCAGCGUGCGUGGCGUGCAUUUCUUCGCAUUAGAAUCGAAGCUGCAACUCGUAUUCAAAGGGUUUGGCGAAAAAAGCGAAAUGGUGCGGAGCUUCUAGCUCUAAGAGAAGCCGGUCAUAAAAUUCUCCAAGGCCGCAAGGAAAGAAGAAAAUUUAGUCUGCUUGGUUCGAGAAGAUUUAUGGGUGAUUAUCUGGGGUUUAAUGCCAGCAGUGGGUCGGGCUCGAGAUUACGAUCUUCAAUCAAUAUGCCCGGAGAAGAAAAAGCUCUAUUUUCUUGUCGAGGAGAGAUAUUGGAGACAAAGUUUGGUCGCUCAAGCAAACCAUCUCCUCGGACUUUCAUAUUGACUAAAAGUAAGUUUUAUAUCAUUACACAACAGAUUGUCAACAAACAAAUCCAGAUAUCUAUCGAGCGAAGUAUCUCACUUUCUACUAUAAAGUUUGUUAGUGUCUCGACGUGUCGUGAUGAUUGGUUCUCAUUGGGUGUCAGCUCCCCUCAAGAGGCAGACCCAUUGCUAAACUGUCUUUUGAAAACGGAGCUAUUUACUCACAUGCAACGUGCGAUUUCGGGCGAGUUGAAUCUCAAAAUCUCGAGUAAUAUUGAAUAUUCCAAAAAGCCCAACAAGUUGCAGGCUAUCAAAGUUUUAAAAGACUCAGCAGCAGGGCAGGACUACUACAAAAGUGGUGCCAUUCAUACUAGUCAAGGUGAACCGCCCAAUUCCGUUUCACGACCUAUGCCAAAAGGCAAACCUAUUCCAGCCAGGCCUUUUACAAAAGGUCGACUUAUCAAACCAGGUGGGCCUGGCGGACGGCCUUCGAAGCUGUCCAAUCCUAAAAGGAACACAAAGCCUGUCGCUCAACAAUUCGCGACUAGUUCUGUGGACAGAAUUCCAUCAGUAGAACCCACUGUUACUACAGGCUCUAAAACAACGGUAUCAAUACCUGUUAUAGUACCAAAUCAAGCAGUUUCACGGCCACCGCCGCCACCACCACCUGCACAACCUGCGCGGCCCAAAAAAAUUCAAUACCGGGCUUUAUAUGAGUUUUCAGGGCAAAGCGAGAAUGAAUUAAGUUUUCAAAAAGAUGAAAUUAUUACUAUUAUACAAAAAGAAAAUAAUGGUUGGUGGCUGGCCAAAAAUACGAUGAAACAAGAGGGCUGGGCCCCCUCCGCUUAUUUGAAGGAAGAGUUGAUUACUCCUCCACCGCCACCUAUUGUCGGUGCUAAGCCAGCGCCUCCAAUUGCACCUCCUAAGGCUAACGGCAUCGGUCCGGUUGUUCGCGCUAAGCCUACACCCCCAGUCCCGCCUGCUAAACGACCUAUAUCAAUGCGAAAUUCGGCAGUUAACCCAGUACUUCGUAACUCAGCCAUAAGCGCUAAUACUAAUGGGUCAGAAAGUGGACGUAACACACCAACUCCUAGUCUAGCUGGUGGGCUUGCAGAAGCCCUAAAAGCUAGACAAGCUGCCAUGCGGAAAGAAAGAGAUGAUGAUGAUGAUGAAUGGUGA